CCACGGGGCGCGGAGCCAAGGGAAAGAUGCUACAGCUUAUGCCGGAAGGCCGCCUGUGGUCACUCAGGCUUUUCCUCGAGUCUCUCCUCUUCCUGCCCACCCCACCGUCUCCUUAUCUCACCCCAGAGCAGAAGUGAAUUCUGAGCACCAGCAGUGAAAUUUCUGGGCUUUGGAAAGGAGGACCGGGCUCCGAACCCUCCCAGGGCCUUGGACAUCGCUGUUCUAAGACAAUCCAAGGUUCUGAUUUGAAGGCCCUGAAAAUCCAUCACAGAAGUACAUUCUCAGACUGAAAACUUUGAGUGGUGUCCAAGAUGAAUCUGAUUGAGCACUCCCAUUUACAAGCCAUGGAUGAAUUUUCUCUUUCUGAAAAUGUGUUUGGUGUGCUAACAGAACAGGAGGCAGGUGCUCUGGGGCAGAAUCUGGAUUUGGAGUCGUAUUCACCAUACAGCAAUGCCCAGUUUCCUCAAGUCCAACCACAGAUUUCGUCGUCUUCCUAUUAUUCCAGCCUGGGUUUCUACCCCCAGCAGCCGGAAGAGUGGUACUCUCCUGGAAUGUAUGAACUCCGGCGAAUGCCGGCUGAGACUGUGUACCAGGCAGAGACUGAGGUGUCAGAGAUGCCUGUAACCAAGAAGCCCCGCAUGGCCACAUCAUCGGCGGGAAGGAUAAAAGGGGAUGAGCUGUGCGUGGUCUGUGGAGACAGGGCCUCCGGGUACCAUUACAACGCACUCACCUGUGAGGGCUGCAAAGGUUUCUUCAGGAGGAGCAUCACCAAAAAUGCCGUGUACAAGUGUAAAAAUGGGGGCAACUGUGUGAUGGACAUGUACAUGCGACGCAAGUGUCAGGAGUGUCGACUCAGGAAGUGCAAAGAGAUGGGGAUGUUGGCUGAAUGUAUGUAUACAGGUUUGUUAACUGAGAUCCAAUGUAAAUCUAAACGGCUAAGGAAAAACGUGAAGCAGCACUCAGAUAAGACGGUGAAUGAGGACAGCGAAGGCCGGGACUUGCGACAAGUGACCUCCACGACCAAGUCUUGCAGGGUAACAGAGAGUAACGGCGUUGCCAAGGAGAAAACUGAACUCACCCCAGAUCAGCAGCACCUUCUGGAUUAUAUUAUGGAUUCCUAUAACAAACAGAGAAUGCCUCAGGAAAUAACCAAUAAAAUCUUAAAAGAAGAAUUUAGUGCAGAGGAAAAUUUUCUCAUAUUAACAGAAAUGGCGACCAGUCAUGUACAGGUUCUUGUAGAGUUCACAAAAAAGCUUCCAGGGUUUCAGACAUUGGACCACGAGGAUCAAAUCGCAUUGCUGAAAGGGUCAGCAGUGGAAGCCAUGUUCCUCCGCUCAGCAGAGAUUUUCAAUAAGAAACUUCCCAUUGGACAUGCAGACCUGUUGGAAGAAAGAAUUCGAAACAGUGGCAUCUCUGAUGAAUAUAUAACUCCGAUGUUUAGUUUUUAUAAAAGUGUUGGGGAACUGAAAAUGACCCAGGAAGAGUACGCUUUGCUGACGGCAAUUGUCAUCCUCUCUCCAGACAGACAAUACAUCAAGGACAGAGAGGCGGUGGAGAAGCUUCAGGAACCCCUGCUUGACGUGCUACAGAAACUGUGCAAGAUUCACCAGCCCGAGAACCCUCAGCAUUUUGCCUGCCUGCUGGGUCGCUUGACGGAACUUCGGACGUUCAACCACCACCAUGCUGAGAUGCUGAUGUCCUGGAGAGUGAAUGACCACAAGUUCACCCCACUCCUCUGUGAGAUCUGGGAUGUGCAGUGAUGUGCAGGAUGAGGGACUAGCUACUCGUCCCCCCCGGGACAUAAAUCUGAUGUUGGGCAUCCCUUACUUCAUUUGUACCUGGUUUCACUCAAGAAUCUCAAUGAAUAUUUAUGUAGCGAUUGUAUAACUCCCACAACUGUAAAUACAGGCUAGAUAGAAUUGCUUUCUCUACAUUACAUUUUACAAGGCUUCAGGAAGCCCCAUUGACAUGCCCUGUUUGCCUAAUGAAAUCGAUUGUUACUUCAAUUCUGUCUGCUGAACUAGGGACAACCUCAUUUUAUUCAUCAUUUGACAAUAUUACAUUUAUUUUAUUAAAGAGCUGUUUCCACUGAAACAAUAAACCGAACAUAAUGGCAACAGACUUCUCUUUUGGAGAAAAAAAAAA